AUGGCGGUGGGCGGGGCGAGAUGCAAUCGGGCGAGGCACGCGAUUGCCCGUCCUCCCGUCACCGAGCGCUCCCCGCGCUUCGGACAUCGUAUCGACGCGACAGCACGCGCGCAGCAGAGCACGCUAUCGCAGAGAUUAUCGUAUUCCGCUUCAGCUGGCUCGGCUAGAAGCGGGGACAACGCCAUCAGCUUCGCUGUCGACACCAACUACCUCGCGUGGGACACUAACUUUCUCGGCGUCACCAUCUGCGAGAAGGAGAACAGCGAGGUCAUCCAGAAAAUGCGACCGCCUUACGAAAAUGAGACAGUGCGUGAUAAAGACUUGGAUGAGGUGUACAAGGAAGUGAUAUUUUUCAAGUUCGGAGGAAUCUGGGUGGCCACCCAGUGCUUCGACCUGAAUGGGAAUUUCCAGCCGCAGUCCAGGUGCCCGCGGGAUGGCCUGCGCGAAUUGGCGUACUCUCACCGGAGAUCCUGCAAAGAGACGCUGACUGCGUGCACCUGGAACGGCGUGCCCUUCCCCUGCUGCGAGCACUUUCUGCCCGUGGAAACCGAGAUCGGCUUGUGCUACGCCUUCAACAGCAUCCACACUGAGAGGUCCGUGAGCGUGCUUAACACUGCGUCCAACCGCGCCACCGGUCCGGCCACUCUGUACUUCGAAGUUCUCGCCCAGAGCAUGAUGUACGUGCUGCCGCGGCAAGAGGUGCCGACGCGCAACACCAACGAGCGCCACAUGCAGUUGGUGACGCCGGGCUCCUUCUACCGCCUGCUCGUCAGCAUCAAGGAGGUCGAGAACGACCCCGAGGUGGCACACACGUCGACGGCGCAGCGCGGCUGCCGCCUGCAGUCUCAGGGGCUGCCCGCCUACCCCAAGUACUCGUUCAGCGGCUGCCAGGUGCAGUGCCGCGCCGACGCCCAGCGCCACCUGUGCGGAUGCGUCAGCCCGCUCACGCCGCGAGCCGGUCCAAAGGACGUGUGUAACCUGACGGGCCUCCAGUGCCUGACCAAGAACGAGCCGCGGCUGAUGUUCAUCAAAUCUGCGGACGACGUGGCCGGCGCUGGGCUCGCCUGCAACUGCGCGCACGGCUGCGACGACCAGGAGAUCAACCACAUCCUCUCGGAGAGCUACGUGGAAAACUUCUCCUCGGCGCCCGUGUACGUGGUGCUGCACAACCUGCCCACGGUGCGCUUCCGCAGGAACGUCGUGCGCACCAAGCUGGACUUAGUGGUGUCGAUGGGCGGAACGUGCGGUCUCCUGGUGGGCGCCAGCCUGCUGAGCUUCGUGGAGCUCGUCUACUUCUUCACACUGCGCGCCUGGGGCCUCCGCGCCGCCCCCGCACCGACUCCCCGCGCCCUGCACGUGUCCGCCUUCGAGCACGUGUGA